AGUUUUUGCGGUUUUUAGAAAAGAAAACAAAAUAAAAGUUAAAAUUAUUGAUACGCUUGCUCAAAACAUUCUCAAAUUAAAAAGUUAUUUCAGGUUACAUGUUUUUGCAAUCGAUUGAAAUCGCCGAGGCAUACGCUGUAGAAAAUUUUAAACAAAAUUCGCAGGAAAAAGAGCUUUCGAAGCACCCUAGCCGUAGAAUCGUGAGUGCCCGCUGAGUGUGAUAUCCUGGCUUCGAUUUCCCCCGGUUGGGUUUUCGCUGCCCUGUCAAUCAGUUGGCAGGAUUUUCCAGUUCGUGUGGUUUGCUUCAUUUCAAGAGUGGAAAAAAGUUUAUUCAAGGUGGAUCGUCGGUCUACUGUUCGCUGCAAUAAUGGAUCGCUAGGUGUCGGACAAUGAAGAAAAUGAGCAUAUUCCGCUAGUCAGCAGUCGUGGUUCUGAAGUGUCUGAAGGAAAAGUGAUUUGUGCGCUUCAGUACAAGAAGAAAAGCGAAAGGAGUGAGUACCCGAGGAGUAUCUGUGCGGAGGGGAAAAUGGGACAAGCUGCGAGCCAAGCCGACGAUGCCGAGAACGACCAGGAGGACGACGAAAUCAUUCCCAUGCGUGGAGAUCGCUUUCUGACUGAUAGUGAUAUAGCAUGCGAGGAAGCAUCCAGGUUAACGGCAGAUCUACAGGACGAGGCGACACCUGAGGAUGACGAUGGAAUGUGUGAAUACCAUGAUAUGCCGCCACCACCGGAUGGCGGCUACGGAUGGGUGAUUGUGUUUGCGUCGUUUAUGUGUAACAUGAUAGUGGACGGUAUUGCAUAUACCUUCGGAGUGUUCCUGAAUGAUUUCGUGGAGUACUUUGGCGAAGGCAAGGGUACGGUUGCGUGGGUGGGUAGUUUACUUAGUGGAAUGUACUUAAGCGCUGGUCCAGUGGUGUCGGCGCUGGCGAACAAAUAUGGCUGCCGGGCAGUCUGUAUAGCUGGUAGUGUAAUCUCCUGUGUGGCAUUUGCUCUCAGUACCUUAAGUCCGAAUGUGACCGUGAUGAUGCUGACCUACGGCGUGAUGGGCGGCAUCGGAUUUGGCUUUAUCUAUCUGCCUGCCGUCGUUGCCGUCGGGUAUUACUUCGAAACAAAGCGUUCCUUGGCGACGGGUAUCGCUGUGUGUGGUUCCGGGGUCGGAACCUUCGUUUUCGCUCCAUUGGCCAACAUGCUGCUGGCGAAUUUCGACUGGAAAAGUUCCACGCUCAUAUUAGCUGGUCUAAUAUUGAACUGCGCAAUUUUCGGUGCUAUGAUGAGACCCCUCACAUAUCCUAAGGACGACAAGGUCAAGCCAUUAAUGCAGCGUAUGUACGAGGAAAAGCGUAUGCAAAUGGAGCGAGGCUCAAUCGGUGGUUCCUAUUUCAUGGUGCAGUUACCCGAUGGUACGAUGGAAAAAAGACUGAAAGCUCCCCUGAAUGCUGAUCCUGGCGUCCACUCAAGCUUGGCUUUGGAUCAGCUAGCAGGACAACAGGGAAUGACGGCAGUAGCCACUCUGCCGACUAUCACCGAAGCCAAGGUUCAGGAGCAAAAUGGCAACUCAAGCAAUUCUUCGUCCGAGUCCGGUCAGAUCGAAAUGAAAAAGCCUUUGCAGAGGAAACGAACGGGAAAUUCGGAGUCCGAUGCCAAUGAAUUCAACAACAUGCCGCGCAAUGCUUCGCAACCUGCUUUCACCAGUAACCAGUCGGGUAUUCCAAAGAACGGAUCGGUGCCAACGUUUGACCGUGUCCGUAAACACUCGACAGGUGAAAGAUUCAAGCCAUCCUUAGCUGCCAUUAAAGCAAGUUCUAGAGGUGAUGUUGGUAGUAACGGAGAUGUACGUAAAUCUAUGCAUUUAAAACUGUCACGCGGCUCCUUCAUCGGCAGCAAAAAUAAUAACGCUGAAGAUUUUGAUGAAAGUGCCAUGUACGCCUCGAAAGCCUCCCUGAAGGAUCGCCCCCAAAUGGUACGCCCAAUGUCCCGUAAGGACAUCUUCUACUCCGGUUCCGUUACCAAUCUGAAGGAAUUCCAAUCGCAAAAGUCGCUCACCAACUAUCGCAACUCCGUCGUGUCGUUGACCAAAUUCGAACGUGACCACAGAAGUGACGUGGCUCGUGAUGACCUAGAAAAGGGAUCGGAACAAUAUGACUUGUGCCCGUGUCUGGUGCUUCCAGAAUCUUUUAAGAACGCGAUUGGGGCGAUGAUGGACGUGAGUUUGCUACGAGAUCCCGUGUUCAUGAUGAUUGCUAUUUCGAAUAUUUUCGGCAUGGCUGGACUGUACGUUCCCUUCGUAUACUUGGUAGACGCUGCGGUUAUGGAUGGGAUUGAAGAAGGCAAAGCCACUUUCCUGAUUUCGAUCAUUGGUAUAACCAACACCUUUGCUAGGAUAUUGUGUGGCUACGUUGCGGAUUUUCCUAAAGUGGACGCCUUGUUCAUGAACAAUAUUUGCCUUGUGAUCUCCACGUUCGCCGUAUCGUUAACACCUUUUUGCCAUAGCUAUUACGCAUAUGUGGCAAUGGCAAUCGCAUUUGGAAUCGCAGUUGCUGGCUACAUCUCGCUGACGUCAAUUAUUUUGGUGGAUCUAUUGGGUCUGGAUAAGCUGACGAAUGCAUUUGGUUUGUUGAUCUUGUUCAGGGGAGCUGCCGCAAUCGUUGGGUCACCACUGGCUGGCGCCAUAUAUGAUGCGACACAAACGUACUCAAUUCCGUUUUUCGUUGCCGGUGGUCUGUUUGGUCUGUCUGCGAUAUUUAGUUUUUCUGCACCGGCUUUCAAAAGAUUCCGCAAACAGGAGGAAGCACCAGUGCACGUCGAGGUGCUGACCCCAAUCGACGAGGAACCUUCGGAGGACCUGGCAGACGACGACCAGCCCAUCACAAUUGUACCAAAGAUUGUCCAAACUGCACCGAGUCCAUCCACGGAACAACCACCAAUCACUUCCAGUAUCACCUCAACAAUCAACAACGAUGAACGGCAGAAACCAGCCAACGGCAACAGCAAAGAAAUUAGUCAGAUGGAGUCCGUACUGUAACCGGCUGCGUACUUUGAGUACCGUACACUAAACACGUGAUCAUCUCACACAAAAGAAAACAAGAGUUUUUGCGCGCUUGUGCUUACAAUUGUAUAUUUAUGAUAUAGGACGAACAUGUUUUGAUUAUGUUAUAUUUAAUUGAAACAAGAGACAAAAUUAACAAAACAGUGUCAUAUAAUGGAUAAAGUUGUCUGUGAAGAUACCAAUCAGAGUAUAUAAUUAAUUAGGAUCAACCAAAACAAAUUGCUAGUAAAACUAAGAGCGACGUGUGAUUCUACUGUGUGUAAUUUUUGUAUGCGUUAUAUAUUUUUACGAUUGUUCAGUUUUGACACAGCUACAAAAUAUUGACCGAAUUAUUAAGGACGUAGUAGAUAUGCAACGCUAGGUAACGUAAAUUAUCCAAAUCUGAAGCCAAUGUUUACAUUAAAACAAGAUAGCAAAAACUGAUAAUAUGUGAAACAAGAGUAUUAAUUGGUUCUAGGUGUACAUAGGAAGAGUGUGUGUAUAAAUGGAAUGAGGAUGCGUUUUAAAAUUACUCAACGAUAGGGUAUACAAGAGAGGUAAAUCUGUAGGAGUUGUUUUAUCCUUUUUCAAGAGAGUCGACAAGAACAAUGAGUCAUUAGGAAAGCAAAGUGAAUGAGCAGCAAGAAUAAUGCUUCAUAAGUAAGCAUUCUUUUUUCAAUUGUUGUAUUUUUUUUCGAUAUUAGAUUAACAAGUUAUUGGAGAACUCUACCAAUUCACUUCACUAGUAGCCGCUCUAACUAAUUCUGAAAAAGCUAGUAUUGCUACCAGUAUAAUGCGCCAAUGAGAAGUAACGUCAGUUUGUUCGUCGUGCAUCAUUCACAUUGAGGACCCAUAACAUUUGGAAACAUUUGAUGAACGGCAUACGUUUCACCUAUUUCACUAGAAAAAAAAAUCUGGCUCCAUUAUUUAUUGGUACUCCUCUAAGUUGUACUCAUCGAAACAUAUCAUAAAACCUACGUUUUAAGUCAUCAAAUCGAACUUUGCGUAUUCCAAAGACGAGUAACACUGCUCAACGUUUUAGGUUGAAUACAGAUUAUGCAUGCCAAUCACAUUCAUUCGUCAUUAUUGCCAUAUAAUAGCUAUGCCGUGAUAACAUUUCAACUGAAACGUGAGUGUACGACGAAUAAUUUGAUUGAUUUGUAGGAAAAAAUGCUAAAAAAUAUCACGAAUUCAAACGUUUGUUGAAAUUGCGAAGGACUAAACGACACACAUAAUUGCAA